CUCGCGAGAAUUCUCACGUGCCGAGAGGGAACUUCGUGAGGUCGUAGCCCAGUCAGAAGGAUAGCGGAGAAUAGGGCGGAGGUCUUGGGAGGGGUGUCCCCUCAUUAGAGGGCAACUCCACCCCCUCUCCUGCUGCUCAAGGGAAUUUCCGGACUCCAGACCGGAACCGGAAGGUCUCGAAGAGUAGAAGGGCGGGGCUGAGCAAAUCCAAAAAAAAAAGCGCGGCCCGAGCUUUUGGGGGAACGACUCUCCGAGCCUCCGCAGUCAGCCUUACUUCUCGGCUUCGCGGCUCCUGACCCCCUACCUCUGCCCGGGUCUUCUCAGAGGUCCAGGCCUCGGCCUCGAUGGACGUCACGGCUCACCUGAAGUCUUUGCUGCUGGCCAUCAGCCAGUACAAGGCGGUCAAGUCUGAGGCGAACACUAACCAACUCCUGCGGCAUUUGGAGGUCAUUUCUGGUCAGAAACUUACUCGAUGGUUUGCACCAAACCAGGUAUUACCUAGUGAAUGCCUGAGCUGCCUUGUAGAGCUCCUUGAAGACCCAAAUUUAAAUACUUCAUUAACUUUAAACAUCAUCAAUCUGUUAUCUCAACUAGCUCUAGACAGUGAUACCAGAGAGUGGCUCCAGAACACUUAUAAUCUGAAUAGUAUCCUGGGAGGAGUGGUGUAUCGGAACAGUACUGUCCAUAGUGACUCAGUAUCAUUGCAGUGCCUUCAACUCCUACAGAAGCUGACCUACAAUGUUAAAGUUUUCCAUUCUGGUGCCAAUUUUGAUGAAUUAAUUACAUUCCUGAUAGGUCAUAUUCAGUCUCCUGAAGAUGAAUUAACAAUGUCUUGUCUAGGACUUUUGGCAAAUCUUUGUCGGCACAACCUAUCUGUUCAAACUCAUAUAAAGUCUUUGAGUAAUGUGAAAGCCUUGUAUCGUACUCUCAUAAGCUUUUUGGCUCACAGUAGUUUAACUGUGGUUGUGUUUGCACUCUCAGUAUUAUCAAGUCUUACAUUAAAUGAAGAAGUUGGAGAAAAGCUAUUCCAUUCUCAAAACAUUCAUCAAACUUUUCAGUUAAUAUUUAAUAUUCUUGUGAAUGGUGAUGGUACAUUAACCAGAAAGUAUUCAGUUGACCUACUUAUGGAUCUUCUCAAGAACCCUAAAAUUGCGGAUUGUCUCACCAGAUAUGAGCACUUCAAUUCAUGCCUUAAUCAAGUAUUAGGUCUUCUUCAUGGGAAGGAUCCUGAUUCUUCUUCAAAGGUUUUAGAAUUACUUCUUGCUUUUUGUUCAGUGACACAACUACGCCAUGUCCUUAGUCAGGCAGUUUUUGAAUCAUCUACUUCCGCUAACACAAGACUGGGAAACCAUCCUAAAUCUUUAGAACCAGCAGUUGCUCUGUUACGUUGGUCAAACCAGCCGUUGGAAGGAUCAGAAAACUGUUCUAUUCUAGCAUUAGAAUUGUUCAAGGAGAUAUUUGAGGAUGCCAUAGAUUCUGCCAACUGUUCUUCUACUGAUCGUUUUCUAGUCCUACUGUUGCCCAGUGUUCUUGACCAGCUUCAGUUCACAGAACAGAAUCUUGAUGAUCUAUUGACAAGGAAAAAAUGUGAAAGAAUAGCUAAGGUUAUUGACAUUUUGCUGACUUUGUGUGGAGAUGAUACAUUAAAAAUACAUGUUGCUAAACUAUUGACUACCCUUAGAUGUACAACUUUAAUAGAACAGCAGUUUUCAUGUAGCAAGAUUGACAUUGAGUUUGGUACGAAGGUAGCAGAUUCUGAACUUUGUAAACUUGCUGCAGAUGUCAUUUUGAAAACACUUGAUCUUAUGAAUAGACUUAAAGAGUUGAUUCCUGGUAUGGAAGUCACUUUCUACAAAAUCCUUCAGGAUCAACGUUUGGUUACUCCUUUAGCUUUUGCCUUGACAUCAGAGAACAGGGAACAAGUACAAUGUGGACUUGGACUUUUACUGGAAGCUGCACCAUUACCAGACUUCCCUGCAAUUGUCCUUGGUGAAAGUAUUGCAGCAAACAAUGCAUAUAGACACCAGGAAGGAGGAGAGCAUAUGUACAAAAGAAUCCAUGUGCAGUCAGUAACUCCAGCGCUUUCAUCAUCUCUAAAGGGCUCAGCUUCUCAUCUUUCAAAUGAUAGCAUCCCUGGUUUAAACAUUCAAGAGCUAAUACAGAAACUUCAGACAGGAAUGGAGAUGAAGGAUCGAAUGCCUGAUGUGAGAAUAUCUGACAUAAUGGAUGUUUAUGAAAUGAAAUUGUCUACAUUGGCAUCCAAGGAAAGUAGGUUACAGGAUCUUUUGGAAGCAAAAGCCUUAGCCCUUGCACAGGCUGACAGAUUGAUUGCUCAGUACCGUUGUCAAAGAACCCAAGCUGAAUCAGAAGCAAGGACCCUUGCUUCUAUGUUGAGAGAAGUUGAACGAAAAAAUGAAGAGCUUGGAUUGUUACUGAAAUCGCAGCAGGUUGAAUCAGAACGGGUCCAGAGUGAUAUUGAGCAUCUUUUCCAACAUAAUAGGAAGUUGCAAACUGUGGCUGAAGAACAUGAAGUGCUGAAAAAAUCCUAUGUGGAACUUGUUCAGAGGAGUGAAACUUUUGAAAGGAAGAGUAAAGAUUUACAGGUCACAUGUGAUUCUUUAAACAAACAAAUUGAAACAGUGAAAAAAUUGAAUGAGUCACUCAAGCAACAAAAUGACAAAACAAUUGCUCAAUUAAUGGAAACAGAAGAGCAAAGAAAAGAAAUACAGAAUCAGCUAGUGGAGAGAGAAUGUAUAAUAGCAAACUUGCAACAAAAAACAAAAACACAAGAGGACAAAAUGAGAAUUAUGCAAAAAGAAAGAGAAGACAGGGAAGAAACUAUUGAAAUUCUGAGAAAAGAAUUAAAUAGAACGGAACAAACAAGAAAAGAAUUAAGCAUUAAGGCUUCCUCCCUGGAGGUUCAAAAGGCACAACUGGAAAGUCGUUUGGAAGAGAGAGAGACACUGGUAAAACAGCAACAAGAGGAGCUGAAUAAGCAUUCUCACAUGAUAGCAAUGAUCCACAGCUUGAGUGGUGGAAAAUUGAGUCCAGAGACAGUGAACCUCAGUCUUUAGAACUCAGACUAAUGGCUUAUGGUCGUGUGUGUAUAUGUGUGUGUGUGUGUGUGUGUGUGUGUGUGUGUGUGUAUGUAUGUAUAUGUAAUUUAUCUUGUCUUCCUUGACCCCUCCCAAAAGAGUCAGUAAUGACUUUAAAAUGACAAGGAAAAUUAUUAACUCUUUUCAGUCUAGUAAAGAACCUGAUAUAAUCCAUGUGUAUAAUGUUUGACAUUUUGAAUGGAGCAAAUGAAAACAUUUCUCAGAUGAUUUUUAUCCUGACCAAAUUGAGAGGUAUCAUGGCAUAGUAGAGGACUGGACUUGGAAAGACCUGAGUUCAGGUCCUACUUUUGACAUACAUGAGCUAUGUGAUCUCAGGCAAGUUACCUAACCUCUCAAAUGCUUUCCUAUUCAUAGAAUAUGAAUUAUAAGCAAAUUGCCAAUCUUUUGAUAUGAAUUAUAAGCAAAUUACCAGCUUUCCACUGAUGAAAUUAUGGGUCUGGAGCAAAAAAAAAAAAAAAAUUGACUGGAUACAGUAAAUGCUAUUUUGAUUCAGAGUACUUUUCUUACUAUAGUUGUAAAUACAUUGCUCUAAAUCCAAUUUAAACACAUAUCUUUAAUUCAAGUCAAGGUAUAUAAAGUCAAAAUAUCUUAGAAUUUUAGCCAAAUUAGGUGCAUUUGAGCAAUUUGUAAAUUAUACUUUAGCUUAAUAUUAAAGAUAUAAUGAACAUAUAUGUGUAUACACAUACAUAUAUGUAUGUUAACAUACAUAUAUGUAUACUUUAAACAUAUAGCAUCAUUGAUAUUAACAAUAAGUUACUUUGAAAAAUAUCCUAUAUAUGUAUGCUGUGUUGUUCUUGGUGAAUAUACAUAGAAUUUGCAUUUUAAAUAUAUAUGUGUAUAUAUGUGUGUGUAUAUCUAUAUUUUUUUUAUUUAUUACAUGCAAAAAAUAGAAUCAUUUUUGACCAGGAUUUUUUGCCCAAGACCUAGGGGGAAAAGAAGUCCAAAGUAUUGGGAAGAAUCAAUCAUUGAGCUUUAGCAGAAUUUAAAGGAUUAACUAGCCCAAUAUCCUCUACUACUCUGGGUUUAAUUCUUACACUAUCAUACUUUUAACUCCAAUAUUUCUGAUCAGUUUCCCUGAGUUUUUCCCAUUUCAGAGUUAUAUCUGAACCUUAUGACAGUUGAUAUCUGAACCUUAUGACAGUUGCCUAUUUCUGUAGAUUUUCAUGAACAGGUGCUACAUAUUUUUUAGGUAGACUAUACAGGUUUUCCAUGUGCCAUAAUUUAACCGCAUUCCUUCUGGUUGUCUUUUAAUUAGGUGAAUGUAAACUUUUAAUAUGUAUAAUAUUAGUCAUUCCUUAUUGUCCCCUCCUCACGUCUUUCUGAUUGUUUAUUCCUUGUUAAGUUUUUCACUUUUUUUAAGAUGCCAAGAAAAGCGCCUCAAAGUUAUGUUGGUUUUGAGUUAUGACCUGAUGUAACAUCAACUAAAUAAGACAUUGGUUUUAGCCAAAAACACUUUUGUUUUGCAUUUCUUAAUGCACAGGCUUCAGUUUUACAAAUAUUUUCUUAACAGUAAUAUUUUUAAACAAUUAGCUAAAUUUUUUUUUAACUCUAAACUUUCCUCUUUUAUUCCUGUACUAAUAGCUACAGAUAUUCUUCCAUGUUUUCAGUGAUUACAUGAUGAAAACAUUUGCAAAAAAUAUUAGUAGAUUGGCAAUACCCAAAUAGUUUGAAAAUGUUUCCUGUUUAGAAAACAAACAAACAAACCUUAGUAAUGACUUUCUUGUCAAUAUUUGAACUAAUAACAACAAAAUUUCUUUACCUUCUCAUAAUUUUUUUCACUGUAAAGCAACCUUAUUUUAGUCUUUAAAAGAUAAGAUUUUCUUUUUCCAAUGUGACAUUUCUCUUUGGCACUUCUGACCCUCAUUCUUUUGGUUUAUAUAUAUUAGAAUUUAAGAAACACUCAAUAAAAACAUCAUAGCAGCAAAAAAUAAUGAUUCAAUUUAUGCUUUAUGAUUCUAUUUGCAUGAAAUAUUGUGAAGACUCAUAUUUUUAGAAGAGAUUCUGUCUUAGAAACCCUAGUAAAUGAAAAAUGUCUUUUAAUUUUCUCUUGUCUUGCUUUAGAUAUCGAGACUAAUCCUUGACUUUAUUCACCUGCCAAUAAUCAAGGUUAAUCAUAAUUAUUAAUUGUUCGUUCCUGUUGUACAUAGAGGGUGGUAUUUAAGUUGUUUUUUUUUUUUUUAAAGAACAGACUCAAAUCACAUACAACCUUAUUAGCAUUUUUCUUAAAUCCUUUCUUACUCUAGAGAUAUGAAAAUUUAAUUAAUCCUUAAUUUGAGGUAGUUAUUUUUAGAGUGGUAUAUUUAUUCCUUUUAGCUCCUUUUUGAUGUCUUGGAACUCCAGUUCCUGAUCUGAAAUGGGAACCCAGCAGACACUGAAAACAUGUAUCUGACCAGUUUAUUUCAGGGAACCCUUCUCAUUUCCUUGUGGUAACCCUGAAGUUCCAUGAAAUAAUGUGAAAAGCAAUUGAUUAGUUGGCAAAUAGGAAUACAUACAAGGAAAAGUUUCUUAGCCUAUACCUCUUGACUAGAUUGUGACACUAUGGCUGAAUUGAUGGAAAAAUCAUUUUGUUGCUUUAAACAAGCUCCAUAUGUUUCAGGCUCUCUAUCCUUGCUAUUCUGUAGUUGGAAUUCCAGGCAUAAAAAGCAUUGUAGAAGAGUUCCAAAACAUCAGAAUUUUAAAACCUCUGACGUGGAUCGCAGUCUUUCUCUUUUCCUAUAGUUAGAGAAGUACAGUAAUAAAUUUUUAAUCAAGAUGUUGAGGAAUUGAUGCCAGGGAAUUGCAGCGUUUAGAAGUUUCUUUCAAAAAGUCAGUUGGGAUGCAAUUCAGUGAUAACAAGACUCCAUUAUAUCUUUCAGAUGUAUGUUUAUUUUCAUGGGCUAUAUGCUGUUCUAAAUAUCAGCUUCACUUCAUACAAGCUGAAAUUUGCUCCCAUUGGGGAUGGCUUUUUGGUGCUCAAAUCAAUAGACUUUAAUCAUAUCGCUUCACAAGAAUUUCAUUAUGUUUUGGCAAUAUUUGUAUGUCUCCAUUAAAUCUGUGAUUGAAAUUGUGUUUCCAUCAGGCAUUUUGUAGUAGUGGUGUUUAUAAAAACUGCUGACUUGAAGGUAGAUGUUAAGUUUAUAGAUAAUAUGCCAGAUAAAUGAUACUGAAAUGUUGAAGAGAAAAUUAAAUGUUUUAUAGAAAGAGAACAUUUCAGAAGUUCAUAUCAAGUUUAAUGUUCUCUUUUCAGGAAAAGUUUUAUACAACAGAUUGACUUGAUCUAGCUAUUCAAUCACUGACUAGGAUUUUUCCUUUUUUAAAUGUUUUUUACCCAACUGAAUAACAUUUAAUUCAUUCUGCAUUAUUCUCUGACCUCUUCCUGAAAUGCUGUAUCUUAGGGAGAGAAGAAGAGCAUGACAGUUUAAUCAGCUCACCUUUAAGCCUUAAAGCUUUGUUUGAAUUUGAAAACUAUAACUUACAAAAUUAGAGGUGUUUGGGUUUCUUUUUUUUUUUUUUUUUUGUUUUGUUUUGUUUUUUUUGUAUCCCUGAGGUCACUGACUUUUAGUAUAGUAUCUGUCACACCAAUGUACAUGCUAGGAUGUUUCUAUCUCUAUUACUUAUCCAUGCACAGUAAGUAAGUCUGCAGAUUCACAUAACUAUUAAUUUGUAGGUAAACAAAUAUGGUUGAGACUAGAAAAUUUUUAAAAGAUUUAAAACCAGAAUUAAGAGCAUAACUUUAGUUCACUUUGUUGGGAUGUGUACUAGCUAACCAAUUGUAACAGUAGUCCUUUAACACUAAGUAGAGGGAAAAAAUUGGGAUUAGUAUUUCGCUCAUUGCUCUCCAUACUUAUAUAGAAAACUUCUGUACUAGCACUGUGUAAUAAUAGCCUGUUUCAAUAAACAUGCUCUUCAAAUGUUU